UCUGAUAGGCUGUAGGCCUGAGAGUUGCCAAUGGCCGCUGCUCUUCUGUUCAGAAGGAUGUCAAGGAUACUGUACGCAUUACUGAAAACUAGACAUACAGCGAGUAAAUCAAGGUAUCUUAUUUUACCGCAGAACAUUUUAUAGAGGAUAGCGGGAUUAUUAAAGCGACAUGUUUGCAGUUCAGUCAAGUUAAGCGCUUUGGAGGCGCUGCCAGCGGGAGACACGUGUAAACACGAGAAGAUCCACUACACCGAGCGCUUAUACUCUUCAUACACAGACACUUAAAUACAGGAGCUGUGUGUUUUUUUCUGUAUUUCUCUCGUAGGUGUGUAAGUAUAUCGGUCAAAGGUCAAAUAAUCAACUUCUAAAUAGCUGCAAGUUAAACCUUCUCACGGCUGAGGUUCGCUUUGCACAGUAACGGUUAUUUUCAUUUGUCCUCUCUGACUCCUCCCCACUGAAAACCGAAAAGCCUGCACAGCUCACGAGGUUAGCGUUAGACUGUAGCUCGCAGCCUGCACUGCCACUGAGAGCGAAACGCAAGUGUUUCAACAGCUUUUGCAGAAACCAAUACUUCAGCAAAGGCAUGUCUGUUCAUGUCUCCACAUCACCGGUCAGGACCUACCUCUACCAUGGUGAAGAAACUGCUGGUUGAUGUGGACUGUGGAGUAGACGAUGCACAGGCCAUUAUGAUGGCUUUGGCUGCGCCAGACGUCCAGAUCCUCGGUAUCACCUGUGUUCAUGGCAACACGUGUGUAGAAAACGUGUGCAAAAACGUCUUGCGCGUCCUGAAAGUUUGUGGCCGGCUGGAGAUUCCUGUAUUCAAAGGGGUAUCAAAACCACUUCUGGGGAAUGUACUGAACGCUGGACAAUUUCAUGGAGCGGAUGGGCUUGGUGAUGCUCCAGACCCUGACGCUCCUGGCCUGGAACUAGUGCAAGAGGAGGGAGCAGUGUCAGCUAUUAUCCGCAUUGUCAAUGAGCAUCCUGGAGAGGUGUCUUUAGUGGCUACAGCUCCACUUACAAACUUGGCAGUGGCAGUAAAAUUGGACCCUACCUUACCACAGAAGCUCAAAGGCCUGUACAUCAUGGGUGGCAACACAGACUCUAGAGGUAACACUACCAUUUGCGGAGAGUUCAACUUUGCAGCAGACCCUGAAGCAGCAUAUAUUGUGCUGAACGACUACCUGUGCCCUACUUACAUUGCCUGUUGGGAGUUCACAUGUCACAACAAAUUAACCUGGGAGUUCUGUGACUACUGGCUAGCUCAAGACACACAUAAAGCUCGGUUCAUGAAGAGGAUCUUCCAACAUAGCAUUGACUCGUGCUACAGUGAGAGAGUUGAAAAAGAACUGGUGGCAGGACAGGGAUUCAUUUCCUGUGAUUCUUAUGCCAUGGCAGCUGCCAUUGAUGACAAGUUUAUCAUUGAGAGUGACCAUAAGGCUGUCACUGUGGAACUCACAGGUGUACAUUCCCGAGCAAUGAUGAUUGUAGAUCACCUGGAGAUGCUCCCGAAAACUCAUAAAGCUUACAUCUUGAAGAAAGUGGACUUAGAAAGGUUUAAGGAGCUAAUGAUGAAUGCCUUAAAGUAAUUUUUUAUGAUGAUCAAGAUUCCACGUAGUGUGACCAUGUGACUGAAACCCUUCAACAAAUCAAAUCUAUGUUUAGAAAAGAAAAAUGUUAGUUUUGUAGUACUCAGUAAGUACUCUUUUGUAACUUGCAAGUGGGGUUGUUUUUUAAACAUAAUUAUUUUGCUCACUUUUUUAAUUAACACAUCUUUAAAUAAAGCUAUGCUGAAAAGUUGUGUUUGCUUUAAAAAGCAUUACAUUUUCACAAAUUAAAAUGUCAUGAAAAUGACCUAAAAAUAUAA